ACCUCUCCUUCAGAACGACCAAACCAUUUACACGUACGAAGCUUCGGCGAUCGUGACGCAAAUUCCCCCAAAAAUAAGCUUUCAAUUUGGUUUUUUAGCUCCAUGGGAAUAACUUUGCAGUCCGAGCGUAACUUGUGCAGUCUUUUGUCAGCCUGUUGAUUCGAGAUGGAAUUUGAAUGCAGCAAAAACCAAUUAGGAAGAGGAGCAUUUGGAAUCGUCUUUAAAGGUUCCAUGGGUCCAAAUCACAUCCCAGUAGCCGUUAAACGACUUCAGCUCGUGGAUAUUGAAGUCAGCGAAAAGGAAGAAGAGGCUCUGAGAAACUUGAAACAUCUCAACGUUGUCAAAUUAUACCACGUCAAGAGCGACUCCGAUUUCAGGUAUUAUGCUCUUGAAUUGUGUGAAGCUUCGUUGGACAAGUUAUUCCUCAAAGAAGGUGACCCCAAAAAAUGCUGCAGGCGAAUGCCACCGAGAGAAGAAGUUCUAUACCAAUUAGCCACGGGAUUAAAAUACAUUCAUGAAAUGGGAAUGGUCCAUCGUGACAUCAAGCCUGAGAACGUCCUCAUCUGGGUGAAUCCCAAAAAAGAAGAAGAAGUCCUAAUGAAAUGGGCUGAUUUUGGAAUAAGCAAAAAAGUCAACGAAAACGGAUCUUUUUCUAUAAGUGGAGUACGAGGGACCGAUAAUUGGUUAGCACCAGAACUACUGAAAUUACUUAAGGAAGAAGAAUUAACGGAUGAUUUAGAAGGAAUUACAUCAUCUUCACGUCGACGGGGAACUAUCCAGAGCGACGUUUUUGCCGAAGGCCUCGUCUUCGGUUAUUUCUAUUUAGACGGUGAACAUAUUUUCGGGAAAAUUCCUGUGAAUAGUCAUAACCAAUUGGACAUAGCUAAUAACAUAUUGAAGAAUAAUCCCGUGAAUAUCAGCAAAAUUCAACCAACGCACGUUCACAAUCUUAUCUUGAAAAUGUUGUCCAGCGCACCAGAUAAAAGGAUCACUUCUUCGGAGGUUGUUGAAUAUCUUACAGAGUACAGAGCUCCGGCAAAAAGGAAUGUGCUACCCGGCAGCAUGUUAGAAAUUUACCAGGAAAAAAUUUUGGAAAUGGGAGGUAAUGGUAUCAUAUUUGAAGGUGUCUGGGGGACGACUCGUAUUCCAGUGGCAAUCAAGCGGAUGCAAUUAGUUCACGUAUUAGGUAAGAAACAAGAAGAAUCCUGGCUUAACCUUAGUCACGACAACGUUGUCAAACUAUUUCACGCAGAAAACGACUCGAAAUUCAGAUAUUAUGCACUGGAACUGUGCCAAGCAUCGCUGGAUCAGAUCUUUUUGAAUGAUGAGAAUCCCAAAAAAUACCGCGGGCCAAAACCUCAAACAGAAGAAGCUCUUUACCAAUUGGCUAUGGGAUUGGAAUAUGUUCACGAAAAGAAACUUAUUCACUGCGAUCUGAAGCCCAAAAAUGUUCUUCUCUGGACGGGAAAUUCGUCUACUGUUAUGAAAUGGACUAAUUUUGGGUUAAGUAAAGAAAUUGACGCAAAAGGAACUUGCCCCAUCAACGAAAUCAAAGGAGGAUUAGACUGGCUGGCACCCGAAAUUUUAAAGGCGCUCGAAAACGAAGAGAGUCAGUCGGAAAAUCCUGCAACAUUCCAGUGGGAAUGUUGCACCUUCAAGAGCGAUGUCUUUACCGAAGGACUCGUUUUCGGCUACCUUCUUUUAGAUGGUAAACACCCUUACGGUUCGAUUUCACGGAAUAUUCAGACAAAUAUCAUCCAAGAUGAACCGGUCAACAUGUCAAAAAUCCAGCCUUCUUCUAUUCGUGAGUUAACUUUGAAAAUGCUGACUUACAAGCCAGAGAGCAGAUUGACAUCAUCGGACGUCGUUAAAGAAUUCAGAGACAUCUGGAAUUCUCAACAAAAAGAAAUGGAAAAGACGCUGUUCAAUUUGUGUACAGAACCAAACCCAAGUUUGAUUAAAAUCAAAAAUUUAGUAAACCAAGGCAUCAGCGUCAAUUGCCUCAAUGAAGAUGAAAUGACUCCCUUGUUGCAAUUACUAGCUAACGGUGAAGCGUACCGCCAUAACGAUUUUGUCGAAAUUAUUCACUUUUUCGUUGAAAAGAAAAUCGACUUGAAUGCCAAAAACGAUUACGGAGAAAACGCCCUUCUGAAAUUGAUUGUGAAUUAUAAAAAAGACGAUUUAAUCGACUUAAUUAAACUCUUCGUCGACAACGAAAUUAACAUAAACUGCAAGAAUAAAUACGGCACUAAUAUCUUGCAUUACGUGUGCGAGUACUAUACCCACGAAAAUUUAAUGGACAUCAUUCAACUUUUAAUUGAACAGAAAGUCGAAAUCAAUUGCAUUCACGAUUACGGACACAACGCCCUACCCGUAUUGUGUCGCAAUUAUGGCUACGAAAAUCUGUACGACAUCAUCAAGCUUUUGAUUGAAAAUGGAAUAGAAGUCCACUGCAACCCCAACAACGAAGGUAACGCCCUCAACAUCAUAAUCAAUCAUUACAGGGAAGAAAACAGGGCUAACAUCGUCGAACUCUUGAGUAAAGAAGAAAUAAGACAAAGAGGAAGAACUCAAGCCGGAUCUUCGUCUAAGGCAAUGAAAAGGAAACACAACUAAAUUGAUUGAAAUAAUUCAAAACAAACAUCCGUAUUCACGAGUCACUAUACUGUAGAAAAAAAGAAAAAGCAAAUGUCAAUAAAACAGAUUUUGUGGUCCA